UUCGAGCGAGUGAAACAAGAAACGUCAUCCGCCGAGUUUGGUCCGCACGACUAAACGAAAACACACAAAAACUGUGAACAAUAAUAGUUCUUAGCUGUUAGGCUGUAAAACUGUAAAUCCAUAGUUUUUGUAAUAGUUCUUAGGGUUUUAGUCUAUUUUCUAGUACUAUCAGUUAGAAUGUUCAAAAAGUUCGAUGAAAAGGAGAGUAUCUCCAGCGUGCAGCAACUAAAGUCCUCUGUGCAGAAAGGUAUCCGAAAUAAGCUGCUGGAACAGUUUCCGCACAUAGAGUCCCAUAUCGAUCAGGUAUUACCGAAGAAGGAUCAGUUUCGCAUCGUCAAAUGUCACGAUCACAUCGAAAUUCUGGUCAGUAGUUCUGGCGACCAGUUGUUUUUCCGGCACCGGGAGGGCUGUUGGAUGCCAACGCUGCGACUAUUUCACAAGUUUCCAUUUUUCCUACCGAUGCAGCAGGUGGACAAGGGUGCCAUCCGGUUUGUGCUCAGCGGAGCGAACAUUAUGUGUCCCGGGUUGACAUCACCGGGGGCUUGUAUGACCGAGGUCGACAAGGGAACCGUGGUGGCUAUUAUGGCCGAAGGUAAGGCGCACGCUCUAGCGAUCGGUCAGACCACACUGUCCACGGCAGAGAUAGCCAAAAUCAACAAGGGAGUGGGAGUGGAGAAUUGUCACUACCUCAACGAUGGUCUCUGGCAGAUGAAGCCGGUCAAGUAAAGUCCGCAAACCCACUCGGAGCUGUGUUCUCUUACAAAUCUAUACGAAAUAAAUACUAUGUUUAAUUGAA